CAAGCUGACGCCUCUCUCCUCCCCUCCCCACCUCCACCUCAAGGCUCGCCUCCCGAGUUAACCCCAUCCCCAUCCCGUCCUCGACCUCAAGGGUUCCAGAACACUCACCACCCAGCUCCUUCCACCCGCACACCUUCUGCUUCCUCCCUCCUCCCUGUGCCAUCGAGCUGCUUGCUCUCCUGUUACUGAGAGGGAGGGCGUGAGGAACGACCAAGAACAGGAUGGAUCGGUACGAGGUGAUAAGGGACAUAGGGUCCGGGAACUUCGGGGUCGCCAAGCUGGUGCGCGACGUCAGGACCAAGGAGCACUUCGCCGUCAAGUUCAUCGAGAGAGGCCAGAAGAUUGAUGAGCAUGUUCAAAGGGAGAUUAUGAACCACCGGUCGCUGAAGCAUCCAAAUAUAAUUCGAUUCAAGGAGGUUGUGCUGACUCCCACACAUUUGGCAAUAGUUAUGGAAUAUGCCUCUGGCGGUGAGCUAUUUGAAAGGAUUUGCAAUGCAGGGAGAUUCAGCGAGGAUGAGGGAAGGUUCUUCUUCCAACAAUUGAUUUCUGGAGUGAGCUACUGUCACUCAAUGCAAGUAUGUCAUAGAGACCUGAAACUGGAAAAUACUCUCUUGGAUGGUAGUAUCGCACCUCGACUGAAGAUUUGUGACUUCGGUUACUCCAAGUCUUCUGUCUUGCAUUCUCAACCGAAAUCAACCGUUGGCACACCGGCAUACAUCGCCCCAGAGGUCCUCUCUAGAAGAGAAUAUGAUGGAAAGGUCGCCGAUGUUUGGUCUUGUGGAGUAACGCUUUAUGUGAUGCUUGUCGGAGCAUAUCCUUUUGAGGACCCUGACGAGCCAAGGAACUUCCGCAAAACAAUCACUAGGAUUCUCAGUGUACAGUACUCCAUCCCAGACUACGUUCGAGUCUCAGCAGAUUGCGUGCAUCUACUGUCCCGCAUUUUCGUUGGAAAUCCUGAGCAGCGGAUAACCAUUCCGGAGAUUAAGAACCAUCCAUGGUUCCUAAAAAACCUGCCUGUAGAGAUGACCGACGAGUACCAGAGGAGCAUGCAGUUGGCAGACAUGAACACGCCAUCACAGAACCUAGAAGAAGUUAUGGCGGUCAUCCAGGAGGCGCGGAAACCAGGCGAUAACGCCCUUAGGCUUGCUGGGCAGGUUGCCAGCCUGGGGAGCAUGGAUCUAGACGACUUUGAUUUCGACGAUAUCGACGACAUUGACAUUGAGAAUAGUGGAGAUUUCGUGUGCCCGUUGUGAUGGUCACGAGUGGUUCAAAAGUAGCGGCAUUUGAUUUUCUUUGUAUGGUUUGUCCGAGGAUGGAUUCCUGUUUUUCAUGCUUUUGGGUUGCAUGUUUUCUGUGACCGAGAUAUUGGCCUUACUGUAUAUAAACAAAGAAAGACUUAUUUACAUUCUUGUAUUCUAGUGAAAUCCUUACUGCUCUUA